CCGCUGUCCAGGACCCGGCAAAGGGAGGAGAUAUGUACACUCUGAUUAGCUAAGCAACACACUACCAAGUACUACCUCCUCCCGUCUCAUCUCAGACUCAGAGCAAACCAUCAACAAACCAACUACCACUACCCAAAACCAAGCCAGCACACAGGAUACUCUCUGCAAGAACAAAACACAUCUCUCGAGUAACACGAUGGCCUCCCGAAAGAAAGUGCUCCUCAAAGUUAUCAUCCUUGGUGAUUCAGGAGUCGGCAAGACGUCCUUAAUGAACCAAUACGUCAACAAGCGAUUCUCAACUCAAUACAAGGCUACAAUCGGGGCGGAUUUCUUGACCAAAGAGGUGUACAUCGAAUCCAAUGACUCUACCACUCAACCUUCUUCAACCAACCCUCAACAAGCACCCUCUAGUUCCGUUGUCUCCACUAACACAAAUAAUGGCUCUGAUCGUGUGGUCACCAUGCAACUAUGGGAUACGGCAGGCCAAGAAAGAUUCCAAUCCCUUGGAGUAGCAUUCUAUCGUGGAGCGGAUUGCUGUGUAUUAGUGUUCGAUGUCAAUAGUUCCAAAAGCUUCGAAACUCUCGAUAGUUGGAGGGAUGAAUUUCUGAUCCAGGCUUCUCCUCGUGAUCCUGAUAACUUUCCUUUCGUCGUCUUGGGCAAUAAAAUCGAUGUUGAAGAAAAUAAAAGACAGGUAUCACAAAAGCGAGCGAUGAGUUGGUGUCAAUCGAAAGGAAACAUCCCAUACUUUGAGACCUCAGCAAAAGAGUCCAUCAAUGUCGAACAAUCGUUUAUCGCGGCCUGUCGAAAUGCAUUAAGUGUCGGAGACUCGAUGGAUGAUGGUUUCGCCGAUUAUCCUGAUCCGAUUAUGUUGAAUUCCGAGGGCCAACAGAGUUAUGGAUGUGGAUGUUAAGAAGCAGAACUAAAAAAAAGAGUGAGUGGGUGAAGGGGGAAGAAGGAAGGUUGGACGGACGACCCGGUCUGGAGCCUGUUUGUGUGUGGCUUGGCUUGUCACUUCUUCGCGCUCGCGCUCUUUCCUUGUUUUGUCUUUUGUCUCUUAACCAUUAACUGAAUGCCAACCAACCAUCUCUCGAACUACCAAUUCCUUCAUUUUUUUUUCUUUUCUUUAUUUCUCCUCACAAACAUCUUCCUCUUUUGUCUUCCUAAUUUUUUUUUUCUCUGACUCUCUGCUUCUUAUUACAUAUAUAAACCGACAAAUAAUAAUCUUUGUGUUUUCAUUUGGUGACUACUGUUUGUUGAUCUGGUUGUGAUUGUGAAUUCGAUUUUGUGCAUCCAUUUGUCCUGAAAAAAAUACAUCAUUUCUGGUCACAGAUUUUUUUAUUCUUGUUAUCUCUCAUUGCCUAUGUUCUUUACAAUCUCCAUUCACAUAAAUGCAUACAUACAUUACACAUAUUUGGUCAACUUGGAUUCUCUAAUUCUUUUCUCUUCCCUCUUUCUGUGGUCUUGUUUUGUGAUAGCUUUUUAUGGUUUUAUCUACAUAAUUAAGAGCUAUCAAAGAGUUAAGGUUUUAAGGAAACAACCACACAAGACUGAAUCGUCC